AUGGCUGAUAAUGAUGAUUAUGAAAUCUAAUAUUACAAAUAUUUAGAGAAAAUAGGAAUGACUCCUCCCAAUCCAAGAGUCAGAGAAACCCCUUUGAAAUAAAGCGGCAGUGGAAUUUCGUAAAGAUUAUUAUUCUAGAACUCUUCAUUAAAAAAAGAACUGAAUUAUUAAAGAAUUAAUUCAAUUAUAGUACUGAAUAACUAAUUAGAAAUUAAUUUAGCCAAUAAAUAGUCCUAACCUAAACUACUAAAUAUCACUUCAAAUUCAGAAGGUAAAAGUCCUAUUUUUGACAUACAAACCAGCCUAAUCCAAUCCAAUGAAUAAAAAAAUGAAAAAGGAUUGUCUUAAAUUGAUGAAUUUGCGGAUGAGUAUUAGUAAGAAGCAUCUAACAAAACUAAUUGUUAUGAGUCAAAAUAAGAAUAAAACAACGACAACAUCAACCUAGACUUUUCGUCCCUUCAAUUAAAACCAUUGACCGCCAAUAAAUUACAUGAAGAAGCUUAGUAGAGAGCUGAGUAAUAAAAUUAGCUACUUCAAGAAUCUAAAGACUUCGAAAUUCAAACAUCAUUAUAAAAUAAUUUAGAGUUGAAUGAACAGCAAAUUUUAUAAGAUGAAUAAUCUUGUUAGCAGGAAUAAGGCGCUAACUAAAGCAAUCAAGAGCCAUCAAAAUAAGAUAGCCCAAUUAUUAUAAAUACUGAGUAAAAUCAAGAUGUAGAAUCCUAAAAUAUACAGCUUCAGUCACAAAUGAUAAGUUAAAAUGAACAAAUUGAAAAAAUAAAUUCCUCUGAUUUAGAGGUAGAUAAAAUAUAAAUUUUGGAACCUCAACCUUAAGUAGAAAAGUAGCAAAAUAUUGAAAUACAACCCUUAGAAGUUAUUAUGUAAGAAUAAAUUGAGUAAGAAAAUCAUUAUUAGCCCUAAACUUCAACCUCAUAAAAUAAUAUUAUUAUUAGUUAAUAAGAGCCAACUGAAAUUCAAUUAGAAAAAGAAAAUGAUGAAAUAGAUAGACCUUAAAUUUAAGUUUCUGAUAAUAAUAUCAUAAUCAAUGAAGCUAUGGAAAUUGAGAAAAUAUAAAUACCCCAUUUGGAGGAAUAAAUUGUGAUUGUAGAAAAAAAUAAUUUAGAGUUUAAUCCUCCUGAGAAUAAAUAGAAUACUGAUCAAGAAAAUUGUAAUAACAAUAUUAACUAAUAACAAGUGGUUGAAUAAAAACUUAUUGAAAAGAAAAAGAAAAAAUAGAAGAAAAGUAGAAUCAUUAAUAAAAAAAAGAAAAAGGAAAAGAAAAAUAAAGUAGAAAAAAAUGAACAAACUUAAAAUAACGAAAAAGUAUAAUCCUAGGAAAUAAAACAGUGUUAAUCCUAGGAGAUAAAACAGUGCGAAGAAAAAUAAAUUUCUCAGAUUGAAGAAAAACUGAAUAAUGAACCAUUAAAAGUAGAAUAGGAAUAAAAGAAUCCUAUUUGCAAUCUAUUAUAAUCAUUAAUUCAAGGAUUUUAUGGGGAAAACAUAAAAAUAAAUUGGCAUAAAUAUACCUUCUUAAGAAGGAAAAUUUAAAAAAAAAGAUCUAUAUUGCUAAAGUCUAAGUUGUUAAUUUGA